AUGGCAACGGAGGCGGCGCCGGAGUGGCUUGACAAGGGCGACAACGCAUGGCAGCUGGCGGCGGCGACGCUGGUGGGGCUGCAGAGCGUGCCGGGGCUGGUCAUCCUCUACGGCAGCAUCGUCAAGAAGAAGUGGGCCGUCAACUCGGCCUUCAUGGCGCUCUACGCCUUCGCCGCCACCUUCGUCUGCUGGUGCCUCUGGGCCUUCCGCAUGUCAUUCGGCGACCGCCUCCUCCCCUUCGUCGGUCGCCCCGACCUCGCCGCGCUCGGCCAGGACUUCCUCACCCAGCAGGGCUUCGCCGGCGCCUACCCGGCCGCGACGCUCCUCUUCUUCCAGUUCGUCUUCGCCGCCAUCACGCUCAUCCUCGUCGCCGGCUCGCUUCUUGGCCGCGUCAACUUCCGGGCGUGGAUGCUCUUCGUGCCGCUCUGGCUCACCUUCUCGUACACCAUCGGGGCGUUCAGCCUCUGGAGCUCCAAUGGGUUCCUUUUCAAGGCCGGUGUCAUGGACUUCGCCGGUGGAUACGUCAUCCACCUUUCCUCCGGCAUCGCCGGCUUCACCGCCGCCUACUGGGUCGGUCCGAGGACGGCCAAGGACAGGGAGUCGUUCCCGCCGAACAACAUCCUCCUGACGCUCGCCGGCGCGGGUCUGCUGUGGAUGGGGUGGACGGGUUUCAACGGCGGCGCGCCGUACGCCGCCAACAUCGACGCGUCGCUCGCCGUCGUGAACACGCACUUCUGCACGGCCACCAGCCUCCUGGUCUGGCUCUGCCUCGACUGCUUCGUGUUCGGGCGUCCCUCCGUCAUCGGCGCCGUCCAGGGCAUGAUCACCGGCCUGGUGUGCAUCACCCCGGCCGCGGGGCUGGUGCAGGGCUGGGCCGCGAUGCUCAUGGGCGUCGUCUCCGGGAGCGUGCCGUGGUGCACCAUGAUGGUGCUGCACAAGCGGAGCCGGUUCCUGAAGCGCGUCGACGACACGCUCGCCGUGCUCCACACGCACGGCGUGGCGGGCAGCCUCGGCGGCAUCCUGACGGGGGUCCUCGCGGAGCCGCGUCUCAGCCGCCUCUUCUUCGGCGACGACCCCCGGUACGUGGGCCUCGUGUACGCCCUCAAGGACGGCCGCGCCGCCGCGGGGCUCCGGCAGGUGGGCGUGCAGCUGGCCGGGAUCGCCUUCGUCGUGGCGCUCAACGUCGCCGUGACGAGUGCGGUGUGCCUCGUCGUCGGGCUGCUCGUGCCGCUACGGCUCAGCGAGGAGCAGCUGGCCGCCGGCGACGACGCCAUCCACGGGGAGGACGCGUACGCGGUGUGGGGAGAUGGCGAGACGUACGAGCAGUCGGUGCACGGAAACCAUUCGUACCCAAUGACGUCCAACCCCAUGGCGUCCAAAGCCGACGAGAUGAUCUGA